UUGUCCAAGAAGGGCGCCACUCGCGUCGUCAUGUCGCCUUUCUCAGACCUGCGAGAGCACUUCAAAGGUGCCUCCACACCUUUGGAGAAGAGACUGAUCUUGAAGUUGGACUUCUUCAUUCUCACGUUCUGUUGCAUGGCCUAUUUCAUGAACUAUCUAGACAGGGCUAGCAUAACUCAGGCCUAUGUCUCCGGAAUGAAGGAGGAUUUGGGAUUCGAAGGUGCGCAAUUGACAGAGGUCACAACUCUCUAUGCAACAGCCUAUCUCAUUGGCAUCGUCCCGAAUAACCUGCUCCUGACUCGCUUCAAGCCGAAGAGAUUCUUCCCUUUCAUGAUCACGGCCUGGGCUAUAAUCACGAUGUUGAAUGCUGUGGCGAAGAGCCCGCAACAUCUAAUGGCUAUCCGAUUCUUCCAAGGAUACUUCGAGAGCUGCAUCUUUGCUGGCACGCAGUACAUCCUAGGAUCCUGGUAUACGAAGAAAGAACUCGGCCAGCGCACAGGUCUUUUCACUGCUUCUGGCCUCGCUGGCGGGAUGUUUGGUGGCUUUCUUCAGACUGGUAUCCAUUCCUCGAUGAACGGCCUGCAUGGGAUGCCCGGAUGGAAAUGGCUUUUCAUUAUCUCUGGAAUCAUCACGCUUCCAGUCGCCAUCUAUGGAUACUUUUUCUUCCCAGACACCCCUCACACCACUACGGCUUUCUACUUAAGCGAAGAUGAAAUUAAACUCGCCAGAGAAAGAGUUCCUGUGCGCGAGGAGGGAGAAAAGAUUCUCGCAUGGUCUUUUAUCUCCCGCAUUCUUCACUCAUGGUACUUCUACGGGUUCUGUUUCUUAUGGAUCUUGGGAAACACCUCCGAAUCUCAGUCGAACCAGUCGCUGCUCAAUCUCUACAUGCAAGCACACCCGACCAAUACGUACACCGUCUUUCAGCGCAACAACUAUCCCACGGGAGUGCAAGCUGUUGGUGUCGUCAGCACGCUACUGUGGGCUACCAGUACCGAUAUUUGGGGCCGGAGAUGGCUCUCGGGCUACUACAUCGCCAUCACAGCUAUCGGCAACGCCGCCAUAAUCCUGGCCCCGACAUCAACAGCAGCAAAGUUUGGAGCAUACUACUGGGCGGGUUCGAUCUACUGCAUCCAGGCUACAUUCUUUGCGUGGGCCAACGACUCCAUGCGGAAUGAGUCCCCGGCUCUUCGGGCUUGCGUCAUUGCCUGUAUGAAUGCUGCCGGUAACUGUUUCCAGGCCUGGUGGCCUCUGAUAUUCUUCCGUGCGGAUGACGCACCCGAGUUCCGCAAAGGAAUGAUUUCUAUGAUUGCGGUUGGAACGGCUAUGAUGAUCUGGGUCACGGUGCUUAUCAUUAUGGACCGGAGGAUCGCCCGCAGAGAAAUCCAAGUUAUUGAGGCGGUGGAAGCUGAGUCAAAUAUCGAAGCUGGCGUUGCUAAGAUGAAGGAUGUUGAUGGUGUCGUUGACAAGGGUUCUAUCAAUCAGUAG